AAUUUUUUUCGCAAACUCCGAGUGCAAAUUUUUUUUGAUAAAAUUUCAUCAUUUGGACCCAGUAUCACCCUCCAUGAGUUUCAUCUGGGUCCCACACUCAGAAGUCGAGAUUCCGCAUACUGAAAAAUCCUGGAUACGUUACUGAUCUGUGCUAAAAAUUUCAGUCUGAUCAGACAAAAUUUGAUGAUCGUUGUAAUGUAUCAGGCUAUGGUCCCAUGGAAAAAUUAGGAAUUCUCUAUUAAACCUUUUUUGAAAUUUUGUUUCUUCAAAAAAAAAAUGUCUUUAAUUAUUAAAAUGUACUACCAUUGUACUCCGAGAAGCACAGCAGGACGUCGUUUCCCUCUUGACUCUGCCUGUAGAAAAAAUUUCGGCUUCAUUAAUUUUACUUUUUUUCAACAAUGCGAAGUAGUUAAAAAAAGAAGGGAGGAGUAUUUUCAAGUCGAUUGGUUACGGAAGUAAUUUACACAUAUUUUUUAAUUGAUCAAUGAACAAUAUUGAUUUUUAUCUAUCUUUAGUUCUCAUAUGAUGCUUUGUAUUUUUCAAUGUAAAACAUCAUUCAUAUUUUGAAAUUUAGUUAUCUAUGGAAAUAAUAUUUUAAUUGAAUGAAUUUGUUUUGUAUAUUUAGGUCGAAUGGUCGUUAGAAAGAUUUAAUGAUGGAAAAAAUUUUACAUUAGCUGUUGAUACUGAUGUUUUACAAUUUAAUCAACCAGUUCCACGUUUACAAGCUAUUCAUGGUACUGAUUCAUCUGAUUGGCAAUUAAUAUUUGAUCCACUUGAUAGAGAUGAUUUUGGCAAUUUAACAUGUCGUCUGACUGAUACUAAUUUACGAGAUGUAUAUUUAACACGUUUACUAAAUGUAAUUAGUGAACCUGUUGUUCUUGAAUCAUCAACAAAAGAUAUUGAAAUUAAUGAAGGAGAUUCUGUUACACUUAUUUGUAAUGCUCAAGGAUAUCCAGCACCAAAUAUAGAAUGGCAAAAAGCAGAUGCACAACCUCUUAGUUCAGGUCAUAUUCGACAAGUCGGCUCUCAAUUACAUCUAUAUCAAGUGACAAGUAGAGAUAGUGGAAUUUAUAAAUGCCUUGCUAGUAACUUGGUUGGUUUUGGUAGUGAAUGGACGCUAAGACUUUCAGUGAGAUUUCGCCCAUAUAUAUACUGUCAAAAUCAAGUUGGUCAAGCACCAGAUUUUCAAGUUGAUGUUUAUAUGGAAUGUUAUGUCUAUGGUUAUCCUCCACCGAAAAUUUCUUGGCGUCAAGAACGAAGUGCUGGUCCUUCAAAUGCGAAAUAUGAUAUUGAUAUUUCGAAUUCACGAAAAUAUUUAAUGGAAGCAACAAUACCAGAAAUGUCAACAUGUACUGAUUGUAUUCUAUCACGUUUAACAAUUAUUAAUGUUGAACAAGGUGAUUUAGGUUUGUAUUAUAUUAAUGCAACAUCAUCUGGUUUUCCAUCUGAACAAGGAAGAAUUGAGCUUUAUGGCACAUCUGAUUGUCAACAAUUUAUUACUCAUCGAAAUAAUAAAGGAUGUAAAAGAAUUUAUAGUCAAACGUCAUCGAGCAAUAAGAUAUAUUCAAGAUUUUAUACAUUUCAUUUUAUAUUUUUUGUUUUGUUUAUUCAAAAUUAUUUAAAACAUUCCAUUUGUUAG